AUGACAUCCUCCUCACUCUCUCACCCUCUCCCCCCAACCAUCAAAGCCCUCCUCCAACCCGACAUCCACAGUCCCAAACUAAUCCUCGCCACAAUCCCCACUCCCGUCGCCACCCCCGGAACCACCGAACAUCUCAUCCACGUGCACUGCACCUCUCCCUGCGCAGGCGAACUCACCUGGGCCGCCAACUUCUCCGCCUACACAUCUCUCCUCCCCAAUCUCUCUCCCUCCUCCGUAACCACAAAGCUACAAAUCCCGUGUUACGAUCUCUCCGGAAGCGUUGUGACCGCGCCCCCAGACUCCCCUUUUCCCCCGGGCACAGAAGUGUACACGCGAACAUCCUUUUCCCGACCCGGAAACGCACGCGCCUACACUAUCGCGCUGACAUCGGAGCUCGCGCGCAAACCGCACAAUCUCUCCUGGGAAGAAGCAGCGAGUAUACCACUUAGUGCGUUUACGGCAUGGCAGGCACUCUAUGUACAUGGGGGCAUGCGCUGCGUGUAUGCGCUCGAUGCGAAGAUUGAGAAUGAGGGGAAGACGGUGUUGAUUAAUGCUGCGGCGGGGGGGGUGGGCACGCUGCUGGUGCAGUUUGCGAAGGCGGGGGGCAUAGCUGAGGUGAUUGGGGUUUGUUCCGCGGGAAAUGUGGAGAUGGUGGGACGUCUGGGGGCGGAUGUGGUGGUGGAUUAUCAGAGGGAGGGGGUGGGGGCGUGGGGGAAGAGAACGGGGAGGAAAGUGGAUUUGGUGGUGGAUUUGCUAGGGGGGGAGAAUUUGGUGCAGGCGUGGAAGAUGGUGAAGAGGGGGGGGAGGGUGGUGAGUAUCAAGGAAGAUCCGAAUGCGGUGAAGCCGAUGGAAGGGGUGGCGGAGGAUGUGGAGGGGAAGUUUUUUGUGAUGGAGCCGGAAGGGUGGCAGUUGGAGGAAACGGCUAAGUUGAUUGAGAAGGGGCAGGUGAAAGCUACGAUUGAUAGUGUGUGGCCAUUGCGAGAUUUCGAGAAGGCAUUUGCGGUUGUUGAGGGAGGUCAUGCAAGAGGGAAAGUUAUAAUUAAUAUUAGCGAGUGA